UCCGUGCUGUUGGUUCGUUCGUCUUGGGUCCACAGUUGUCGGGCCGAUUUUUCAUCAGGAUCCACGCAAGGGCGAGAAAUCGGUGCGCGCGUCGCGCCGUCGGACACGCGAGUCACAUGGGCCCCGCUGGUGCCCCGUAACAGUGACGUAUAAACAGAGGGGCUCGCGCGCGAGUGCACCAAAAGGUACGAGAAAGGACAGUCCGCGGCGGGGGGAGGUUGAAACGAUCGGCCAAAGACGCUGAAAGGGCGGACUCGAGCAUCGGCGUGAAUACGAUGCUGACGGACAUGACACCGGUGGCUGCCAGUCAGCUCUACCCCCAGAUACAGUCCAUCAGCAAGUCACCGGUUCACGGGCACGUGGAUCACCCAGGAUUGCGAGGCACACCGUUGGCAAUGCUUGCGGCUCAGUGCAACAAACUUAGCAGUAAAAGCCCACCACCGUUGGCGGACGCAGCGGUGGGAAAAGGUUUUCACCCCUGGAAAAAGAGUCCACAGAGUAGCGGCAGCUCGCCCCAGCAUACGAGUAACGCUGGCACGGGUGGUUGCACAACGACCGGAGUGACGCAACGGCCGACCGCGACCAGCAGUGCCGGUAGUACCGGAGGCGGUUACGCCCGUGCGCCAGUAACCUCGUGCGCCUCGACGGCACCCCAGUACGCCAGUGACCUGUAUUUCCCGGGCACUGCCAGCGCCCAGCCGGCAACCGACCACCACCACCAGACGAGCAUACUCGGGAAAGUAGAGGGAGCCACCCUCGGCUCGUGUUCGGUCUACGGCAGACACCCGUACGAAUCUUGGCCGUUCAACACGAUGCCCGGAGCCAGCCACGGUAGCAUAAAAGCCACCGACGGCUGGUGGGACAUGCACGGGGCCGCGACCGGUGGUUGGCUCGACGUCAGUGGCACAGUGGGCGUUGGCGUUCACGCCGCCCAAAUGGCCAACUACUCGGCCGACUACUCGACCAGUCUGGCCCUCGCUGGCAACCACUUGCUCAGUCAAACGAGCGCCGGCCACAAUCUCUUGCAAGACACGUACAAGUCGAUGCUGCCCGGAGGACCCCCUGGAUUUGGAUUGCACCAUCACGCGAGCGGCGGAACAGGAGGCUCGAGCCCCCAGAACAGCAGCAGCGCCACUAGCGGCGGCGGCACGACGCAAGCCCCCUCGCCGCGAUCGCAGCGCCGGUACACGGGUCGCGCCACGUGCGACUGCCCGAACUGCCAGGAGGCGGAGCGGCUCGGGCCGGCCGGCGUCCACCUGAGGAAGAAGAACAUCCACAGCUGCCACAUACCCGGUUGCGGCAAGGUCUACGGGAAGACGUCCCACCUGAAGGCCCACCUGCGCUGGCACACGGGUGAGCGACCGUUUGUUUGCAACUGGCUUUUCUGUGGCAAGCGGUUCACACGUUCGGAUGAAUUGCAGCGGCACCUUCGAACCCACACCGGCGAAAAGAGAUUCGCCUGCCCGGUCUGCAACAAGCGGUUCAUGCGCAGCGAUCAUCUCGCGAAGCACGUCAAGACGCACAGCAGCAGCGGCAGCAGCAAGGGCAAGGGGGGAGCGGGGAGCUCGUCGGCCGAGUCCUGCUCCGACAGCGAGGACAACGGGAGUCAGCAGAGUCCCACUUAGCUCGGGGGCGGCGCUCCCGGUUCAGGUGUCUCAGGUGGGGGGCCCGGGGCUUCCUCAGCCGGCGCUCCAGGGUCCUCAGUCGCAAACAAUGCAACUGGGGCCCCAGGGGGGCCAGCCGGGGGCCCACCAGCAGCAGCAGCAGCAGGGUCCCACCACCCAAGACACCAGCACCAGCUCGCACCCGAGCAGCGCCAGCAACACCUUGUCGCAUCAGUCGACGGCGCCCAUGACCCCCAUGCAGAUGACGCAUCCCUCGUCUCUGAGCCAACACCAUCCCCACCACCCGCAUCUCCCGCCACUAAUGCACCAUCCGCAUCAUCACGUGGCGGCGGCGGCGGCCUCCGUCUCGGCUCAUCACCAUCAUCAUCCGCAUCAUCAUCCGCAUCCGCACGCCGGGAUGAGCAUGCACUGAGCCCGGUGGGGCCCGGAGCAGCCUCACAUGCGGCCCUGGGCUCCCCCCUAUCCUACCCCCUGAACCUCAACCUGCUCCAUCAUCAGAACCACGUCAACUCCCAGCUCCACCAGCAUUAUCAACAGACCCAACAACAGCAGCAGCAACUCCACCACCACCACCACCACCAUCAUCACCAACAGCAGGCUGCCAACUCCUAUCAGGUCCAAAAUCCGGCUACUCCCGGCCAAGCUCAGACCCCCUCGCCAUCCUCACCGCCACCUGUACAUAGUCUCUAGGCCGACACUCCUACGCGCUACCCCCUUCUCCCUCGCACGCCACAAGUUUUUUAAUUAUUCUUAUUAUUAUUCUUAUU